CAUCACCAACACUUUCCUCUGUCUUGCUACCUUUCCAACCUUAUCGCUGCAAAGACCCUCACAAUGGCUGCUGCUCAAAAGAUCAAGACUCCCCUCACGGAGCUGUUUGGGAUCAAGGCUCCCAUCAUGCUUGCUGGAAUGAAUGUCGCUGCUGGACCCGAUCUCGCCGCUGCCGUCACAAAUGCCGGUGGAAUUGGUGUCAUUGGUGGCGUUGGAUACACUCCUGAGUUCCUUAAGGAGCAGAUCAAUGAGCUCAAGGCUGGCCUCGACGACAAGAAUGCCCCCUUUGGCGUUGACCUACUCCUGCCCCAAGUUGGCGGCAAUGCUCGAAAGACCAACUACGACUACACCGAGGGCAAGCUUCCGGAGCUUAUUGACAUCAUCAUCGAGAGCAAUGCCAAGUUGUUCGUCUCUGCCGUCGGUGUGCCGCCGCAGUGGGUUGUCGACAAGCUGCACAAGAACAAGAUCGUCGUCGCUGGCAUCAUUGGUCACCCCAAGCACGUCAAGAACGUUCUCAAGGCUGGUGCCGACAUGAUCAUCUACCAGGGUGGCGAGGGAGGCGGCCACACCGGUGAUGUCCCGCUCUCCGUUCUCGCUCCUAGGGUGGUCGACCUGUGCAAGGGCAGCAAGAGCCCGCUGACCGGAAAGCCCGUCAUCACUGUCGCCGCCGGUGGUAUCUGGCGCGGCAAGUCGCUGGCCGCUGCCCUGUGCUUUGGUAGCGACGGCGUUUGGGUCGGUACCCGCUUCGUGGCGUCGGUGGAAUCGGGCGCACCCAAGAAGCACAAGGAGGCCGUUCUCACCUCCACGCAUGAGACGGACGUGCGGACCAUCAUCUUCACGGGCCGGCCGCUUCGCCUCAGGAACACGCCCUACAUCCAGAGCUGGGAGGACCGUCCUGACGAGAUCAAGAAGCUCACCAGCCAGGGUGUUAUCCCGGUGUACCACGACCUCGAGAACGACGACGAGAAGGGCACGGCCGAAGAGGGCGCGCGAGAGAGGUACUUGCUGGGCAAGGCUGCUGCCGUCCUCGACGACAUUCUGCCUGCCAAGCAGAUCAUUGACAACAUGGUCAACGAGGCUGUCGAGUCGCUCCAGGCCGGUUCCGGCCUUGUCGUCUCUCAGUCUAAGCUCUGAGUGCCACCCUCUCUCUUUUGUGUAUUGCUGUGCAAGG